AUGUCGCAGCUUGCGCUCCAGACUCGGAGUGCCCAGGGCUCAACUUCAGAUCCUGAUGCUUCUGGUACGACUUCCACGUCUGGUCCUCCCGUUGUUGCACCCGCCCCUGCUUCUGCUUCUGCUGCUGCUGCUGCUGCUGCUGCUGCUGCUGACGCUGCUGCUGCUGACGCUGCUCCGCGUCUUGCUGUCGCCCCUGUUGCUCAUCAUCCUCGCCUCCCUCACCAAAAACAUCCUCUUCACCGGCUGCAGGUCGCAGACGUCUCCUCCCACUCCCCUUCUUCCAAGGAUGGCCCCACGACAGGCCUGUUAAUCCCAGCAUCGGAUCCUGCAAGCAUCAGCAAUAGCACCACCGCCAAUACAAGCAUCGUUGCCGCUACCGCUGCCAGUCACAUUCCUAGCAGCACCACCAGUCCUCUUCUUACUCCAUCUCCAAGGUACGUUCCACUGGCCUCCACGGGCUCUGAUUACCAAACGAGUAAUGGUCCACUCUUUGCUCUGCUCUGCUUCGCUCUGAUCCCCUCGGCGCCCGAUACCCAGUCCCCUCCACGAAAGCACCGCCGUUUCUUCGCCGACGAGCCCUUUCUCCCCUCGAUCGUCAUCAUUCUUCCCACCCGGGGCAAGAUUUCAUGCCCACCGGUCGCGAACUGUCCCAGAUAUCGUCACGACGCCAACCGAAGACUUCCGCUCUCUGGUAGACCUUUCGGGAGAACCGCAGACAUAUUACCAAAGUGA